ACUUCUAUAGCCAAAAAAAAAAACAAUGGCAGCCAUUUCCUUCUCUCUCAACCACCAAUCCUCCGACAACCGCCGUGGUGGAUCUCACCACCACCACCGUCACGGCCCCGUGGUGGAAGAAAUCGAAGGACUCAUCAGAGUUUUCAACGACGGUUGCGUCGAGAGACCUCCCAUAGUCCCCACCGUGUCACCCACCGUUCAUCCAUCUGCUAAAGUCACAGCCUUUGACAUCAAACUGUGCAACGACACGUGGACGCGUGUCUACAUCCCCGACGUCGCUGCAUCCUCACCGUCCUUUACUCUCCCUCUCCUCGUUUACUUCCACGGCGGUGGAUUCUGCGUUGGCUCAGCUUCUUGGAGUUGCUACCACGACUUCUUGACUAGCCUCGCCGUUAAAGCUCGUUGCGUCGUCGUUUCGGUAGAUUACCGUCUAGCUCCUGAACACCGUCUCCCGGCGGCGUACGACGACGGAGUCAGCGUCGUCUCGUGGGUACUCAAGCAACAUCAUGUGUCUAACGGAGGAUAUUCUUCUUGGGUGAGUAAAUGUAACCUCUCAAACGUUUUCUUGGCCGGAGAUAGCGCCGGAGCCAACAUAGCUUACCAAGUCGCCGUUAGAAUAACCGCCAGUGGCAAAUCCGUAAAUAAUCUAAACCUCAAGGGCGUUAUUCUAAUCCACCCUUUCUUCGGCGGGGAAUCAAGAACGUCCUCGGAGAAAAAGCAACAACAACACUCCAAGUCAUCGGCUUUGACUCUCUCCGCUUCGGAUACGUAUUGGCGACUGGCUCUUCCACGUGGCGCGAGUAGAGACCAUCCUUGGUGUAACCCUCUGGUCAGCUCAUCGGUCGGGUUUCUCCGGGAAGCUAGGUUACCGGCGACGAUGGUGUUUAUGGCGGAGUUUGAUAUACUAAAAGAUAGGAACUUGGAGAUGUGUAGAGUGAUGAGAAGCCUUGGAAAGAGAGUUGAAGGUAUUGUUCAUGGAGGAGUUGGUCACGCUUUUCAUAUUCUCGACAACUCUUUGGUGUCACGUGAUCGAAUCCACGACAUGAUGUGUCGUCUUCGCAACUUCAUACAUCCAUGAUCAUAAUAAUUCCUCUCAAGCAUUUUGGAACGAAUCAGUUAUGACAUUAAAGUAUUAUGUUGCUUUUCUGGUGUUCUCAAAUGAAUAUGUGUGCUUACUGAUUACUAUAAACUAGUAACGAUUCCUCUGGUUGUAU